AUGGGCAAUAAGAGUUCAAGCGCCUCCGACGAGGGGUUCGAUGAGACGAAAGAUCUCGAAGCAGCCAACCCCACAACCCUAAAUGAGCACUUUUCCUGUGCCGACGCCAAUGCCAAUCGAGACCCAGUUCUCAUCACAUGGAGUGGACCGGAUGAUCUAGAGAACCCUAAGAACUGGCAAAAUGCCCCCGCUAGGCAAGAUCUUGAUAAGGCCCUGGGGAUGCACUCCGAUAUUGAGAGAUACCUGUCCAUGGCCAUCGUUAUCCUCACCUACUCCAUUGGCCCCAUUUUCUUUGGCCCAAGUUCGGAGCUCUACGGCCGGUACUCGACUUGGCGCUGGGUCUUCUGGGCAACCUCUGCCGCUGCCGUUGGGGUCCAGGUUGCCGGUCUCAUCUGGCUGCGUGAGUGUCACUUGAGUACGAUCCUUCGCAAGCGACGCGAUGCUCUCGUGCAGAAGACGGGCAACCACAAUCGGCAUACCGACCAGAAGGUAGAGAAGCUUGUCUACAAACUUCUACCUGCCUUUGAGCGACCGGUGAUUUUGUUUACGACCCAGCCUAUCGUCUUCUGCAUGGCCAUCUACAUGGCCUACCUCUUUGGCGUAACCAGUGGCGGACUGAACUGCCUAUUCAUUGCGACUGGGUCAUUCGCCGGCCUCCUCUUCAACCUGAAGAUGGUCGACCGAAUCUAUAGGACCCCCAAGGUGCGGAACAACAACGUUGGAAAGCCCGAGUACCGCAUACCAUCGCUAGCCUUGGGCUCUGUCGUAAGCACUAUUGGUCUAUUCUGGUACGGAUGGAGCAUCGGGCAUACCCAUUGGAUCAUGUCAAACAUCGGGGCGCUAAUCUUCACCACAGGCACAAUCUCCUGUCUGCAGGGCAUGCAGACAUAUAUUGUCGACAGCUACGAAACCUACGCGGCUUGUGCCAUCCUGCGCAGUCAGUGUAGCUUCGGGUUUCCGCUCUUCGCUCCGUCAAUGUAUUCAUCUCUCGGCUAUGGCUGGUGUAAGAGCGUGCAGGCCUUCAUCGCCAUGGCUAUUGGAUGGUCGGCGCCUUUUGCGUUCUAUUUCUUUUGGCAUAAGCUCCGUACUGCUUCCAGGCACGCUGCUGAUUAA